GCUGGUUGGCCGGCCUCGGGCGGAAGUCGGGCAGUACGGUGGUCGGAGGACGCUGGUUUGUGACAGGGAGGGGGAGAAGGGAGGCCUGUGUAAAGGUUGCCUCCAACCCUUCGUUCCCGGGGACCCUCAAGAAAAAAACCCAACACCCUGGUCCCGCGGCUAGCCCCUUCCCCCAGGCUCUCUCCGCUUGAUUUCGCCACCGUUAUGUGGGAAGCGAAUCCGGAGCAGCAUCCCCAUUCUCAGAGAUAAUUCGCAUGAUCCAGAACCUUCCACAAGUGGAGUUAUUACUGCAACUGACAAACCACUGACCUCCAUUUCUUCAUUGUUGGACAGCCAGUCAACUUUAAAACAUGAAAGAAAAAUCCAGAAAAUUAUCAUAACGCAUUCCUUGGAGAGAGUUUCCAAACAUGAAUAAAAAAUAACAAGCCCCCUUCAUUGAGCUCAGGAGAUGUUUCAUAAAGCAGAAGAAUUCUUCUCCAAAGCGACAGAUAGCGAGAUGGAUGAGAUGGACACGUCAGAUACCCAGUGGGGCUGGUUUUACUUGGCGGAAUGUGGCAAGUGGCACAUGUUCCAGCCGGAUACCAACAUUCAGUGUUCAGUUAGCAGUGAAGAUAUCGAAAAAAGCUUCAAAACAAACCCUUGUGGCUCCAUUUCUUUUACUACUUCCAAAUUCAGCUACAAGAUAGACUUUGCAGAAAUGAAGCAAAUGAAUCUUACCACUGGAAAACAGCGCUUAGUAAAAAGAGCCCCCUUUUCUAUCAGUGCUUUCAGUUAUAUCUGUGAAAAUGAGGCUAUUCCCAUGCCACCACACUGGGAGAAUGUGAAUACUGAAGUACCGUAUCAGCUCAUUCCUUUGCACAGUCAAACACAUGAAUAUAAUGAAGUUGCCAGUCUCUUUGGGAAGACAAUGGAUCGCAACCGAAUUAAAAGAAUUCAGAGAAUUCAAAACCUAGACUUGUGGGAGUUCUUUUGCAGGAAAAAGGCUCAGCUCAAGAAGAAAAGGGGUGUGCCUCAGAUUAAUGAACAAAUGCUAUUUCACGGAACCAGCAGUGAAUUUGUGGAAGCAAUUUGCAUUCAUAACUUUGAUUGGAGAAUAAAUGGUAUACAUGGUGCUCUUUUUGGAAAAGGAACCUAUUUUGCUAGAGAUGCUGCUUACUCCAGUCGCUUCUGCAAAGAUGACAUAAAGCACGGAAACACAUUCCAAAUUCACGGCGUCAGCUUACAACAGCGGCACCUGUUUAGAACAUAUAAAUCUAUGUUUCUGGCUCGAGUGCUAAUUGGAGAUUACAUAAACGGAGACUCCAAAUACAUGCGACCUCCUUCCAAAGACGGGAGCUAUGUGAAUUUAUAUGACAGCUGUGUGGAUGACACCUGGAAUCCAAAGAUCUUCGUGGUUUUUGAUGCCAACCAAAUCUAUCCUGAGUACUUAAUAGACUUUCAUUGAUUCCACUGUCAAAUCUCAGCGGUCAAGGAAGUUUGAUUCUUUCUUGCAGGAAGGUUUGCUCUCCUGUCUUCUAGCCACUAAACACUAAUUAUCUGAUACUUUUGAAACAGGUAUGAAAAACAAGUGGCCUCCAUAUAAAAAGACAUACUGACAUUAAGGUUGGUUUUUUGUUGGUGUUUUGUUUUUGUGUGUUACGCAUAGUCCUGUUUUUAAAAAAUUGACAAUAUUGCCAUUUUUACACACAGGGGUGGAAGGUACCAUUCAAAGUUGAAUCAGCUGUGUCUCAAAUAACAUGGGCAUUCCAAGCCUUUAAAGUCGAUGUGUGCAUUCAUAGGAUAAAUGUUUUCAGUACAAAUAGAUUUAUUCAUAUAUGUGUUCAAAAAAUAAAAAUUUAGGGAUAAAUAUGUCCCUUUAGAGGAAUUCAUCCUUUGCAAGUUGAAUUCUGGUAUUAUGCACCAGCAUGUUGCUUUGUUGGUCUUCUGAAGGAAGAAGGGGGAAUUUAAAACCCUCAACAGGCUGAGUACCUUGAGAGAAAUCAGAAAGAAAAGUGUUUGCAGUGUUGUCCAACAAGCCAGAAGGGGAAAAUCAGGGCCAAGUGCCCUGCUUCUCACUGCCUUGGGAUUGCAGGCUGCAGCCUCAGACUUGCUCCUGUCAUUCUCUUCUGUCUCCUACAUCUGAUUGACAAGUGCUGCAGACUCUAACUAGCCUACAAGUCAUCCACCAAGGCUCUUGAGUUUUCUGCGCCAAAAACAAAUUUAUUGCAUCUUCAAAGUGAAGCUUUUAUUAUUUGAAACAUUCGUUUUCCCUUUCAUUUUGGGGUCCCUACAACGAUCAUUUCUAAGAUAUUCUUAUUACCCACACCGUGUAGCUAUCAACAGUGAUUUCUAAAAUUCACAUUUCCAAGUUGUAUCUCCACAUUAUGAAUCAUUACAGAAAGUGUAGGAUGCUUGAGACAAACCUGAUUUAACCUUUUGAGUAGCAACUGACAAUCUACUAACUUUCUUGAAAAGUCAGAUACAAUUCAGAACCACAUUUAAUGGAAACUUGUUUACCUGCUCCAUCUGUUGUGCUAUUCUAUUGUAAGGAAGAAUCAGUAGUGUUGGAACAGCUUUCCUGACCCUAGAGAUGUUCUAAGCAGAGGCUGGACAACAACUUGGCAGGCAUGUUAUACAGGAAUUCAGAUAUGAUCUGAAGGAUUGACCAUAUAAUUGUUAUGAGUCUUUCCAGUCUAGAUUUUCCAUGAUUGUACCUGAAAAGGAGAGCUCUUGGAUCGAGGCUUUCCCAGAAAAACUUUUUUCUAAUUCACUUGAUCACUAAAUUCUCUAUUAUCUUUACUGAGUUUUGGCUGAAAUUUAAUGAACAUAGUUUAAUUUCUCAAGAAAAAUCCGGUAAGGGUCCAUUGUUCAUGCCUAUUUUGUCCAAUUUGAUAGUUUGGAUUAGGAAGGCGUCUAGAAACAAUAAAAGUAAAGAGUCUGGAGCAGGAUUAGGGCUGACAGUCCUUCCACUGUCAUAUUUCCCCAGAUCUUUAUUAUAGCCCAGGCUACCUGUAAUUAUACAGUGGAAAGUAAGUAGUGCAGAGGAAAUGGCACUUAGAAUACUUUGAAACAAGUGGCAACAAAGAUUUCCUCAGUCAGAUGUGCAGACUAACAGUUGGCUUAGAUGAAGUGUGGUGAAUAUUUAGAAAGAACAUAUUUUAAAAACAUUCCAGAGAUCAUCAUGGAAAUAAUUGGAGGAAGAGUUAGUAGGCUGUCUUGUUAGUACUGUGCUGUUACUUUGUCUAAGCAUGUACUGCCAACUCCCCAUUAAUAAAGAGAGCUGACUUCGACACAUUCUUUAACAACGUUAGAAAUAUUAGGAAUUCAGGUUUUGAAGAUCUUUUUGUUCUAUUGAUCGGUUAUUUGCAUUCAAAAAAAUGUUAACAGAGUCCCCCCUUUGACUGUCUUUUUUUCCAAUUUAACAUGAAUACUUGUCCCAUCACUUGAAUGGAAUAACUGUUGUAGCAUUUUAGGGUUAUUAUUCUUAUAGACAUCUUAUCUCAAGGUGACUGAGAGCCCAGAAUUGAGUAUUUGCAAGGCAAUCUAUGUAACCCUAAACUGAACUAUUUGGCUUAUGUGUAGUCAACAUUCUAGAGUGUACUGCAGUAGCCAUUGUAAGAAAGUGCUGUGCUGUUAUUUUGUCUGAGUGUGUACUGACAACUCCCUUUUAUAAAAAAGAACUGAUUUCAUACAUUCUUUAACAUGUUACAGUGUAGAAUUAAUUGAUGUUAAAGUCUUAUUUCUUGAUCUUGGUCAGUGGAUUAAGUUGAAAAUCACAUAAUCACCCUGGAAUAAGACUGGACACAACCAUUUGCCAUCUUUUCCUCUCAGCAGCAGGUAGUGUGGGCGGGAGGAGGGAAGAGAAGUCAUUCCAGAUGAAUGAGUAAAUGGUUUUAAAAAUCCUACAUUGAAAAAUUUCCAGCUGAUAGUAGAUUUUGUUUUUCACUUUGGUGGUAUUAGCCUCAGGGUAAAAAAUAUGUUUAUAAAAAACAGCUUCUUAAAUCUUUUCGUUAUGAACAGGAAAGUUUUGUAUUAGUGUAACAUUUCAUUCCAGAUUGUUGAUGGUGAUAUGAUGAUAAAGAAUUUAGAGCCAUUUUUGAUACAUGAACAUGCUGUUUUUAAAUGUGGUAAUUAAAGCUUUCCCUGGCAGGUCUUGGUUGUCUGUGUAUGCCAUGUAUUUGUUUCUCUGAUUUCUGUGUCCCGUCUCUACCUUGCAUUAUGUAAACCUGGGUUUUCAGCUCAAAAUUAAUAGGCUUUCAAGGAAUUUUUUGCCUAUAGCUCUUAGGUAACCCCCUUGCAGAUGGGGGGAGGGGAGGAAUCUCUUGUUCUUAGUUUGAAUCAUCAUGAGCAACAGCUAAAAAAAAAAAAAUCAAAUAACCUGGGGGGAAAUCAUUCACUCUGAGCUAUCGAAAGUUCCAAAGCAGAAGAAGGCCUGGGACCUACCACGUGCGUCCCCGCUAAGAGGAGCAGCUCUGGGGGGGGUGCCUCUCACCCGUGGAGCAUGCAUCCUGCCGUCCAGACAACUCCACCACACUGGUAUGUUGACAGUUACCCCUCCUGAAGCCAGUGAAAUGCUCCAUUUCUCUUUAAGCUUCUAUUGGCAAAAAGAAAGAUAUUAAUGGAUGUCCUAAUUUUUAAGCUGAGAAAAAUGAGGGACAGGAUGAUGUAUACUUAUCUGUGGGAGGAAAAAAUCAAGUUUUUCACUUACUAAAAUCCUGUCCCCAGUCUAUCUAAAUGUUGGACUAAUUUUUAAGACUUCUUGGGAUAAAAAUUCCAUUGAGCUUUGGCUGAUGAUAUACAAGCAUGACAGAAUUUGUUCCUAGGCCAUCCAAGCAUUUGAGGUUGUCUCCCAGGUGGCCAGGAAACAGCCUGAUACUAGAAACAGUCUUCCAUUGGCCAGCAUCGUGCUUUAGACCCCAGAUGUCCCUCUGUCCUUGGAGAAGGAUGUUUUAUUUUUAAAUAUGAUAUUUUCUUUUGCUUAAAAUAGUCCAUUUCUAGAUGAAAUUAUACAUUCCAUACUUUUAAGAGAGAAAGAUAAAAGACAACGAAAAUAUAGCAGGAAAAGGAAAAAAUAAACAGCCUUGUCAAAGAUUAUUUUUGAUUGGAAACUUUGGCGAGGUGAUUUUACACACUUUACUGAUUAUUUUUGUUCUUUGCACUACAUGCAGGAAGAGUUUUAAAGAAACCAGCUGCCCUGCCUCACUUUCCUACUAAAUAAUUUUAUGAUGUUGCUUGGGGCAACACAGAUGGAAGAAGUGAACAUUUCAGAGAACAAUGAAGUACACAAUUAUUUGGGGGCUGCCUGGUUAGUGUGAGUGAUAUAUACAAGGAGAGGUGAGCUCUAAAUCUUUAAGAAAGAAGCUCAAAGGCCAACCAAUGACCCCUUGCAAAGGUAGUUAACUUCUCAUGUUCAGAGACUCUAAGAUGGAAGGUGGUCUUGGAGCUCAUGUAGUCUAUCUUGCCCUACCUCACCCCGCUUCAUAGGCUGGACUAGAUUCAUCCCAGGUAAAAAGAUGUCUUGUUACUCUUACUGCCCAGACAGUGAAUGCCUUGUUAUAGCUAAGUCUCCUUCUGCAAGAUUAUGUAAUCCAUUUCUCAGCUUUAAUUGCUUGGCUUUCAUUCUCAGCACUGCAGGCUAAGAGCUUCGCUUUUAUUUGAACUAUCUCACUAUGUGGCUAUGUAUCUAAGAAUUUAGCAUUGAUCUUACUAGUUUUCAAAUGACUUUUCAUGAGACUAGAGCAUAGGGUUAUGCCAGAGACAGUGGGGUUUUCUGCAGCUUUCUACCUUUGCUAUACUAUCUACCAGGAGGUUAUACAGUAAACUUAUUCUGACUCUGUGACUUAUGCUAACUUCACUACAGUAAACCAUCUUAGGAGAGUCACAAUCCAGAAUUUAAUUCAAAUUAUUAAUUAUAAACUCAGACUGUACUUAUUGUGUUUUCUGAUCCUUUUUAAAACGUACCUUUGCCUGAGGGACUCGUUAUACUUUAAUGUCUCCUAGAUAACGCGUGAAAGCAGCAGGCAUUAUAAGCCCAUGUUUGGAGAAUCAGUGUCAUUUCUUCCUCUUUCUUUCUUAAAGCAUAAGAUGAAGCAUCCAGUUGGGAGCCAGCUGAUCUGAGUUCUAUUUCUGGCUUUGCUAUUUGACUCAGUGUGACCUUGGACAGCUCACCAGAGGGGAGAGCUUUGCUUUUGAGAAGGUGAAGGUUGUGAAUGGCUGAUCAGACUCUUGUUAAAAGAAAAAGACCUAGUAGAGCCGGCCAGAUUUCUCUAGGCAACACCUGACCUGCCUCAGGAAGCUGUUUGUUUUUUUAGUUUGGGUUAAGAAAAUACAAUGGCAGGGAGCAUGCUUCAUUAAGAAAGAAGUAAGGGCUUGAAGGAGGAAGGGAAAAGAAUUGAGCUGGUUCUUCCUGAAACUCUGCCUCAUUAAAUCCCCACCCCCCCUCCACGUUCACAACUCUGUGCCUGUGGUGUGCCAGGCAGUG